GCAUGCGCAAACGAAAAUCCCUUGACCUUAGAUAGCUAGCGAUCGGAGCUGUAUUGUGGUCUUGAACGACGAAUGAAAUUGAGAUGAGAAUGGGAUCAAUUUUCUGUAGUUUUCGUCUUCUUUAUUGUGCUAUUACCAAUUGAUAAGACAUGUUCAGUAAAAAAUCACACGGAGACUUUAAGAAAUCUGGUCAGAAGGUGCUGGAUUUAAAGAAAGAUGUGCUCUCUCGGCUCAGACACCUGCGAGUCGUGAUUGAAAAUGCAGAGACAUCAGAACUGAAGUCGUAUUUUGAACAGUACUUUUCCCACAUCUAUCAUGUUUUCUAUGAAAAUUUCAUCCUACUUGAGGCAAGCACAAAACAGCGGGUCCAUAAGGCACAACGAGAGGAUUUGGAUGCAAUACUAGCAGUAUUUGAGAAAAUCUUCCUGUUUUUACCAGAGUUGAUUCACUCCAGAUGGCAGUUCCACAGUAUAGGACGGGUUAUGCAGAAACUUCUUCAUGUUGGCAAUGGAUUGAAGCAUCGGAUGGAUGGGAUGAGACUGUUUCUCCUCUGGUUCCAGAUCCUGCAGGAGAAUGCUUCAGAGGAAUGUUACCUGAUGUAUGCAACCUUAGUUCCGGGAUUCCCGGUUCCUUCAGGGAUCUAUGGUAGUAGCCUUGAGCAUGUCAUGACACACAACUCCAAGACAUCACCUAACCUUGACAGUCCUGUACUAGAGGUGGAGAUUAACCCUAUUGUCCCUGCUCAGCCUGGAGAGAAACCAACAGAAAACCUCACCAAACUACUCCUAGAAAGCUUACUCAAAUACACAGUUACACAGGUUCCUCGAGUGGAAUGGUCUGAUGCAAGCACAAAGGAUGAAGCAUUUAUCUUCCUACUGGAAAACUUCAAGAGAUUCUACUUGCCACAUAUAUUCCCUGAAUUUCUUCAUAGCACCAGUCUCUAUAGUCCAAUACUAGAAAUUCCCCAGGCCCGAAGCACCAUGAAUAGUGUAGGGUCUAGUUACACCAACAACCUGGCUGCCUGUCGGGUCAGUGUGGUCAACUGGGUGGUCAGUUUCAUCACCACGCACAAGGCAAGCAAGUCAAGUAGCAUAUUCGCCGACAAGCCAGAGCUCAACACCAAGGACUCCCUAGAGCGCAAACUUGACACCAUCCUGCUGAAAGAGGGCGGUGACUCGUCCAACUCGUCGUCGACGACCAUCAGUCCCAACUCCACCCUGUCUAUGAGCACAAGUACCAUCUCUCUAGCCCUACCCAUGCAGGAUGACCUGGAGACCUCUGGGCGUGAGCUGGUCCAAAGGGUUCUCUACUCCACCAGGGACAAUAUCAACUUUGUUCAAGAAGUCCUCAGACAGGGUUUUCUCCUUCCUAUGAGUGAAUCUAAAGCUGUGAAGCUAUCCCUGAAGGUAUACAACGAAUGGAUUCAGAACUCGAUGGUCAAGCCUGUUUUCAUGGAGGAACCGGAGGAGGGAGAGGAGGCGAGCCGGGAGAACAAUGUCAAGAGGUUGGAACAUCCACCCUCUCUGACCAAUCAAAUCAGUUCUAUCCUUGAAGGUUCGCAAGAAGGUGGGAUGUUGCAAGAGGGUGGGGUCUGUGAGAUUGACAGUCCAUCCUCAGAGUCAGCUGAUAAGACAUUUGCAGGGUGCUUACCAGUAGUUGAGAAUGAGACCAGAGGUCCACCUUUGGUGAAGAGCCCAUCAGUGUCUUCCGAUGGAACCAAGGCUAAACGUAGUAAUUCUUAUAUUGGUGCAAUCAAUCAGGCCAUCAGAGAUGACAUGAACAAGUGCAAUGUAGGUGCAGGACUUCAGAGAGUAGUCCAGGUAUUCAUCACCAAUUCCUCCAAUGUGUUCCUACUGGAGCCAGGGGGAGGGUCAUCGGGUGCCCCAGACCCCACCCGGCCCAUCAGAGAUCAAGUGGACAUCUGUAGGAGGGUUCUUGGCAGCUACAGACAUAUAGUCAUGAAUGUCAAGUUGGAGAAAACCACCUGGGAGCAGCUUCUGAUGGUUUUACUCCGAGUAACAGAGAGUAUCUUGGGAGGUACCCCCAGUAAACCCCGUCUUGCCUUAGGCCAACAGUUGGCACAUAUACUCUUUCAAACCUUGAUAGUCACUUGGAUCAAAGCCAACCUUGAGAUCCAGGUGUCCACUAGCCUUUGGGAAGACUUCCUCAGAGUCCUAUCAUCACUCACUCACUGGGAAGAACUCAUCAAGGAGUGGUCUAGAACCAUGGAGACCCUGACCAGAGUACUUGCCAGACGGGUCUAUCACCUAGACCUGAGCAACCUACCCCUGGACAAGCUCUCAGAGCAGAAGCAGAAACGGUUGCUGGGCAAAGGGCGCCAACCGUCCCUCCAGGCUGUGGACCUCAUGAAGAAGGGGAUGCAUGAGCGAUCCUUCUCCAGGGGGUGGAGCCGGUGCGACUCCACCUCGCCUAACAGCAUGGAGGAGCUGGAGCGGAAGCGGAACAAGAUGAACACCAUCGGAAGCCAGAGUGAUCUCUCUAGGAUCAGAGAGAUGAGGCAGACUGAGAAAGAUGGCGGGGCAAUUGCGCAUCUCAUUUUGCAAGGCUUGUCCUUUGAGGAAGAUGGUGAUGUAAUCUCAUUACACUCCUCACACCCUAACCUAACAAGACAACGUUCCUUGACCGUGGAUCCAUCAUUAGCCACAAGAGAGGAACAAACAUUAGUAACCUCCGUCCAGAUACCCAGGAGUAGUAGUGAGGGAGAAUUAUUUGAUGGAUUCAACUUCCAGAGAAAUAAAGAAGAUGGCGAGAGGGGAGAAGGCAUGGUCAAAUCAACCACGUUUCCUCUGGUAAACAGACAACAAUAUCAAGCAGAAAAUGGUGAGAAUGAAAAUUUGCUGGAUGGCUUGAGCCUAAGUCAAAGCAGCAUACCCCUCAUCAACCACCCAGAUAACCUGAGCAUUGAUGAAGCCUCCCUAGAUGUGCCUCUACCAGACUCCGAUCAUACCACCCCUACAGACGUCAACCGUGUCACACCUACUAGCAGUCUCAUCGAGGAGAUAGACCAAGAGGUUAUCGCCCUGUCUCCCGGGAUCCACUACCAAUCGGACGGUAGUGGCUCAGGGACGCCCUUGAUUGGAGUACACUCGUAUCACUCAGGUGGGAGCGGUAGUGUAACGCCGGUAUCUACCACACCUCAUUUUGGCUACGAAGGGACGUCACCGGGUGGUCUCAGGUUCUGUAACUCGGAUGAUACGUCGCCUGGAGGUAUCAAUCAUUAUAACUCUGAUGGGAGUUCUAGGGACACGCCACUCAUUGGAGUGUUGAACGAAAAUGGUGACAUUACAGACCUUGCCAAAGAAUCACCUUUGAUGGAGGAAGAGGAGCAGAACAUUAAUAUUGAGGAUAGAUUGGAUCUAGCAGCAGAGAGAGUUGAUGCAGAUUUAAUAGGGAAAAAUGGCUCUGUUCAAAGCCCUGAUGCCAGUGUGAUGUCUGGUGGUACCCGUAUAGGAUGGCAUCCGGAUGUUGCGGUGGUAGUUUGGAGGAGAUUACUAUGUAUUCUUGGUGACAUCAAUCAGAUCAGCGAUCCUAGACUUCAUUGGGUAGUUCUAGAGUGUCUCUGGGCAAUCUGGCAGAUGCUAGCUAAGAUUCGUGACAACCAAGGUAUCAGUACAGACAACCAGACAACACCUCCUCCUCCUGAGAACAUUCCACCCCUCCUCCUCUUCUCCCCAUGGCUCUUCCGGGCAACCUAUCUACCUGUAGGCUACCAGCAUGGCAGGCUGUCAGCGUACAAGCAGCUGUGUGCCAUGACGGUACGGCGACAGGACCAUCCGCUCCCCAGGGAACAUCUGGUCCACUUUUACAGGGUCCUUCACUUUGGACUUGUUGGAACUGAUCAGGAUGUGAUCAAUACUAUUGUGCAAUACAGUGCUCCUGACUUCUUCCACUGUGACUUGCCAGGAGCUACUCUCCUUAUACUGGACUUCAUCCAAGCAGCUAACAUGAUAACAGCCAACAUUGAUCUAGAUGCGCCAAGGAUAGAAGCUCUGUCUCUCCUGGGUUCUCUGGUGUGUUUUCCCAACAUGUUCUGUAACCUGACCGUGUUUCAACCAGCUCCUAAGGAUAUCAGCACCAUGGUGUGUAAGGAUAUCAAACCAGUGAAGGAUCACCUGAUCAGCAUUUUACUAAAAUGUGGAAAGAAGGAGCCAAACUGCGAAGCUCGUUGUAUCGCACUCUGUGGUUUGGGUAUCUUUGUCUAUGAGGAGCUUGCUCACACGACCUUUCACCCUCGUAUCAAGGAAGCAAUCAAUGUACUCCUUGCUAGUCUGAAAUUUCAGAAUAAGUUGGUUGGACAGGUUGCCUGUGAUAUGCUCUUGGUUAUAUGUGAUCAUGCAGAAUGGUUGAAGAUGCAUCUACCAGAAGCUCCAAAGAAGAUCAUUGAGAUUAUAGCAAUGACAAUAGCCAGCUUAUUAUCCAGUACAGAGAUGACUGAACAAGAAGAGGAUAAGAAGCUGAUUGUGUCUCUGAUGUUCUGCCUAUCUGAGUGGUGUAUAUCUAUCCCGCUCUCAUCUCUUCUUGAAGGCACAGAGAGCAAGUCGAAGAGAGAGGCUAAACCACUCUUACACACAGUAUUCAAGGUGUUGCAGAUGGCUGUUGACGGUGUACCUACAGAAGGGCCAUACUCAAUCAACUUCUCUGAGCUAGCAUCACCAGACUAUGAUCCUCAUAUCAACCUAGACUCUCUCAAGGAUGGUAAUAUCCUACACCAUACGCUCAAAAAUGCCCCCAUGGAAUUCUCAGAUUAUAUCUUUGAUGAGGGUGAAUCUCAAUCCCAGUCUACAUAUCAAGUGCAAUCUUCAUUUUCAUCAGAACUCACAAGACUAACAGCCAGAACGGUCCUUACACAGUUGAUCGACAAGAUAAACCACUUUCCUCUUGGUGGGGGACCAGCUUGUGUUACGUCACUCGUGAAUGAGGUUGAUGACCUGCCAAACUUUGACACAGAUGACAUCACGCCACGUCUCUUUGAGGCAGAAAAUGUGCAAUUCUUCAUAUACAAUGAUGCUGCCUUGAUCACUCUGAUACAGAUUCCUCCAUUGGAUGAUGGAUCUGAGUCGCAACUUUCCCUAGCCACAUCAGACUUGAGAGCUAUCAUAAGGAAUGUAUCAGGGAAGUUUGCAUGGGACGGGAGGAUUAUCUAUGGACCGGCUGACUGCAAGGCUAAACCAACAAGACUAGUGACAAGAGAGAAGCCACCUGUUGCCCCUCCUCCUGAUGAUCAGGUAGACUCUGUAUUCUGGAUGGCACCUAAAUCUCGGAAGCUCUCUGUUGAUAUCAUCACCAACAAUAAGAAAUCCAGGAGUACUGUACCAUCAUGGCAAGAGGAAGGAGACUCUUUAGAUGUACUCAAUGAGCUGGAGCAAUACAUCGGUUUCACCAGCCCCGAGUGUUUGCUUCGACCGGGGAUUCCCCUCAACUUUCCCUUCCCCGCGCCAGUAGACAUGUGUAGUGAUAUGGAGACCUAUGCCAGGGGUGCCUUGCUCAAACAGUGCGACAAGGAGGCUGAAUAUGUGGAGCGAUAUGGGGAGGUAGAAAGCAUGGUUGCUGAAGAAUGCUGGCAAACUGCACACAAAGAUCCAGAGUCUCAGUUUUACCUAUGUCGGCAGCUGGUCAGCCAACUAGGCCUAAUGAACUGGGAUAAGAGGGAUGAAGUUGACAUUGUGAAGAAGAAUGAACAGUUUGCCAGAGAACUCAAGAACCUUGACUCCAGGCAAUGCCGGGAGACUCACAAGAUAGCAGUGCUGUAUGUGGCAGAAGGCCAGGAGGAUAAACAAUCUGUUUUGUCUAACAGUGGAGGAAGCAAUGCCUAUGAGAACUUCAUAUCUGGACUGGGAUGGGAGGUUGACUUGAGCACCCACCCAGGUUUCAUGGGAGGCCUGCAGAAGAAUGGGAGCACAGGUGAGACUGCACCUUACUAUGCUACCUCUACAACCGAGGUCAUCUUUCAUGUCUCUACAAGGAUGCCAUCAGGAACAGACCUCAACAAGAAGAUGCGUCACCUUGGUAAUGAUGAAGUCCACAUUGUUUGGUCGGAGCAUUCCAGGGAUUAUAGAAGAGGUAUCAUAGCAACAGAGUUUGGAGAUGUGAUCAUUGUGAUCUACCCUCUGAAGAACCAGCUAUUCAGGAUACAAAUCCAGCGAAAAGGAGAUGUGCCAUUCUUUGGUCCUCUGUUUGAUGGGGCAGUGGUGGACUAUCGUGUUUUACCUGGCCUUGUGAGGGCGACAGCCAUCAAUGCAAACCGCAUUAAGAGGUCUCAGCUGGAGUUCUACCAACAGUUCUACGAGGAGAGAGCUAAGUACUUGGAUACCAUCGUUAAGAACCACAAAGACUGUUCAACUUUUGAGGACUACUCUGCCCAUGUCUUUGAGCCCGCCCUCGCUAGACAGAAAAUACAGAACACCAGGUAUUUCACUAGCCCUGAGGCAUCCGGCAGCGGCCCAACCAGCAGCCUGACCAAUGUGGAUUCGAAGGGCUCCCUCUUACCAUCAAAGCUUCAAUUUACGUCAAAGUCCACGGAGAAGCCCCAGGUGUCCCCUUCCAGCAGCGUGACUCGCCCUAAUCGCUUCUCCCAGCCUGAGAGACUACUUGCCAGCAUGAUCCAGCCAGGUCAGCCUCCCUUGUCUCUCUCCUCCUCUCUCUCCUCUUCGGUCAAGCUAACCGGUAGCCAAGGGAGCGGUGAGAAGCACUCACCAAGACUUGGUGGACGUAAGGAACCCAGAGGUGAUGAGAAGACACCUUCCAGCGAGGUCCCAGGGAUCAGUACUCAGACGGAUCUUACAGCAUCCACCAGCACCGCUUCCACCUCUUCCAACUCUAGCAGCAUUAAUCCUAGCAGACCUCGCAGUCGCACCAAGAGACAGUCAUCAUCAGGAUCAGCUACGUCAGAGAACACUCCUCCAGAGAGUCCUGUGAAUAACAAGAAAUGAGGAACUACAGCAUCUACUUGCACCAUGACCACUGCUUCAAACUCAGGCAGCAUCAAUCCUAGUAGACAUUGCAGUCGUACCAAGAGACAGUGUUCAUCCUCACCAUGGUCGACUACUUCAGAGAACACGUCUCUAGAGACUCCUGUGAACGACUAUUAAUAAGGAUCUUGAGCAUCCACCAGCACUACGGGAGCUGCUUUAAACUCCUGCAGCAUCAGUCCUAGCUGACUUUGUAGUAGUACCAAGAGAUGAUCAUCACCAGGGAUGGCUUCAAGAGCGAAUGUUGAGAGAGUCCUGUGAAGAAAUGAGAAUCUUACAGCAUCCUCAUCGCUAUGUCCACUACUUCCAAUUCUGGCAGCAUCAAUCCUAUCAGACUUUGUAGUCACACCAAGAGACAAUUCUCAUCAGGUUAGGCAAAAUUAGAGAACAUAACCUCAGAGAAUUCUCAAGAGAGUCCUGUGAACAACUAGAAAUUAGGAUCUUACAGCAUCCACCAUUAUCAUGACCACUGCUUCCACGUCUGGCAGCAUCAUUCCUUGCUGACUUUGCAGUCAUUCCAAGUGACUAUCAUCCACAGUGUCAGCACCUCGGUUCACAUAAAUUCAUAGAGUCAAUUAAAGCUUUAGAAAUGAACCCAGAGAAACAAGGUAGCAUUGUCUAUCCUUGCCUUCUUCCAACACUUGCACCGAUCUCCUAGCAUGGUAUAUAACAAUACGAAGAGGUUGUCUUCACCUAGAUUAGCCAACUCAGGAAACUACUCUGACAAAAGGAAUAGUCAGAAACACAGAGAUGGCUCUGAUGGGAUCAACCACCGCUUUCCACCAUCUGCCCUCACAGCUAUCAGAAAUAUCAAAUGGCAUUCAUACCUAAUAGGAAUCUUCUUCAAGAUGAGCCACCCGUAAGACCACUUCAAUUUAGAAUUCAAGAGAACAAGAAAUGGGACACCAAGACAGACUCAACAGCACCCAUCACCCACCCACUUCCUUUACUGCCAUUAGUUUCGGAGAAAACAUUUUGCUCAAUGAAGAACACAGAAAGACUGACAAUCCUCUGUAAGUCAUUAUGAACUAUUUCUUGAAUGAUGGAUAUGCCAACUACAGCUUCUCUUCCAGACUAUCAUGAGGAAAUAUGAAAAGAGGGGCUAGCUUUAAAGUGACUGUCUAGGCUAAAUUUCGAGCUGUAUUUCAGGGGGCCGUUUCAUAAAGCUGUUCGUAGGUUUAGAGCGACUUUAGGAACGACUGGUGAUCCUUUCACCAUUAGAUAUUCAUUGGUGAUUAUUUAGCGCGAAAUAAAGGUUCACCAGUCGUUCUUAAAGUCGCUUUUAAAUUACAAACUGCUUUAUGAAACACCCACCUGGGCUAUGUAUGCAAAGAGCCCUGGAAGAGGUGCAAUUGCUUUAGAUCAGUCUCAACUCUGAAAAUCCACCAGAGCGACAAUUCAGCAUCUGGAGUGUACUUAUGUUUGUUAUUUAUUAUGAAAGUACAUUGUAUACUUUUGCAUUGUGUUGCUGGCUAUCAGUAGUUGACAUUGAUGAUUAAAAUCAAUUGUAACUCUUUAUAAGAUGGGUCCCUGGAGAACCCUCAUUGUAUUGCCUUCCAAGAUAUGAUUGUUUACCUGGUCAGUUUUGUAGGAAGGUUUGUAACAAAUAGCAAAGUGACAGUGACCAAUUAAGAACAUUUCAUUCACCAUACCCACUUUCAACAAAUCACAAUCAUUAUUUGACAUUUGAAAUUGAUCACAAGUUGUAGUAUUAAAGAGACCCUGAUCUCUCGUGGCAAAAGUUUUAUAGGCAAUUUUAGGAACAAUCGUCACUGCUGCACGUUUACCUCACAUACCAUCUUGAAAAUCUCUUGAAGGGACUUCACUGCCAAACAAAUAACUUCACUGAGAUUCAAUAUAAUAUUCAAGCUUGUGUUGAGCUAUGAUUUUGAGGGCAAGUUAUGUUAUCACUGAUAGUUUCUGUAUCAUUCACUGAGAUGUACAUUGCAUUUCCCUUCUUCCAUGUUGCAAAUAUCUUGCUUUAGAUUUCAUAUGAAGUGAUGCAACGCUACCCUACAAAAUACUUCAAGUAAAAUAGUGCCAUGAUUUGUCGACACUGGGUAUAAUGCAAUCAUAUUUUGAUCGCAUGGGAAAUUUUGUCAAAAUAGCUGAUCCAUGAAGACAACACACAGUAGUCUACAUCCAUCCAUCUCUUUACAAAUCAUAUGUGAUGUUUGAAUUUGUGCAGUCAAGCUUGCCAAGCUGCAAAUUCAACGAACACGUCUAAUUGCCAGAGAACAGUUGUGAAAUGAUUGGCUACUUGGGAUGCACUACCUCGCACAUGCGUAGAAUUGCUGAGUUCCCCCUUAGCAAAUGAUUCCAUAUUAUGGAUGAGAAAUCUAAAACUCUCUAAUGUUACUGUGUAAGUACAUUUGAAAUUGAUGAUGAAAAAAUACACACAUUAAUUGUUAAUUAAAAAAUAACAUUUGUAUUUUAAGUGUUAUAAUGAAAAGGAGAUUGUCUAUUGCUCUGUGUCAGAACAGAUUUUUUGUAUACUAAGACUAAAAUGGAUCGUAGGAUUCAGACCAAGUUAUUAGUGUGCUCGUGAAGACAUUUAAUAUUACAUUGCACCUUAAGGUGUCAUGUGAUAAAUAUAUAAAGUUUAGAACAAACCAGGGCCUAAAUAUUAGAUUUUAUUUGCUUCUACUCUUGUUCUGUAUAUCUUCUAAUCUUGCCUUCACUUAGUAUUUUCAUCAUUAAAAAACACAUGAAAAAUACACUCUCUUUCAAACCAUAUGAGAAUUUUUUUUUUAACCUGAUCUGGUUCCUGAACACAAGCGAUUAAUCGAUUAGGGAUAAAUCGUAUGCUUGAUUUCUACAAUUGAUUGUACAUUAUAGCCAAUGGAAUCAAUCGUAGAAAAAUGUUCUACGAUCAUUGCUAAGCUUUGUGUUAUGGGCCACUGGGGUUCAUGUGGGGAUUAAUAAAAGGGAGAAGUAGCGUUAUGAAAAUAAUGAUAUUGUCUAUUUUAUAUUGAAAACAGUUAUUGUGUAAUUGAAAUGUAAAUGGUAAAUAUUAGAGCUGGCUCAGUCAUGCAGGAAUACUAAUAAAUGAAUAGUAAAUAUAUUGUACAUAUAAUUAUCUAUCCUACAUGUAUCCAAAUGGGAAUACAUGAAUUCAUUAUGCAUUUGUAAUAUACAUAUUUACACUGUGGACUUGUUAUUUAUUCCUACGUGCCUAUAAUGCAUGUGCAAGUCCGUGUUGAAAAGUGCAAUAUUAUGAGUUCAGAUUGGUUGUUAUGGACAUUAUUUGUUUUCUCUGAUGUAUUAUGUGUGCUAACUUAUUUUUGAUAUUUGUAAUGAAUAGUACAUGUAACUGGUCACUUCUUAUCAUAGUAUCAGAAUAUCCUUUAAUACUGAAAAAAAGGGAGAAUAUGUUGUGCCAUGGGGCUUUUUCCUCUUACAAAUACUGACAUUCUGACACCUAUUAUUUUCCCAACAGCAAUAUUGAUUUUGUACACGUAAUGCCUCAUUUAAAAAUAUUGCUAAGAAUCAUAAACUUACCAUUUCCACAUAAGACAUUAAAACAAACAUUGCAUUCCCCGAAGCCCAACCCUUUUUAUGGAAAAUGUGAGAAAAUGUAUUGGCCAAUAAAAUUAUGCAAUUUUUGUAGCCGACAGGUUAAAAGUAGUCGCUUUGAAAACAAGCUUUAGUUAAGUAGAGUAAAAUCUGUAAAGGGGAUUAGAGGGCAAUUAACCAUGAAAAAUCAGUUUGAAUGUAGUAAAAUCAUCUUUGUGUUAAAAGAUUUAAUUGAUAUCAAGAGUUGCCAUGGACUACGUAGGUCAUGAACUUUGGAUGUAUGUUCAUGACUCAUCUCUUGUGUUAGUUCAUUUUGCAAAGAAGAGGAAGUACCCUGCCAGAAAGUAGUUUUAUUAAAAUCCUGUAUAAUCUAAGUAGUUUAAUUGAAAUCAAAUCUAAGAAAUAUUUUAUAAUUACAAAAACUAUGUCAUAGAUGAAGCGGUUGACUUUUGUUCAUUAAUGGUUAUUGUGCUGAUGAUAUUGUGACAUUGAAUACAGAAACCUUUGUAAAUUCAUCUUCCCUUUUUUCCCCCUUUUGUCUGAUAACAUCAAAACCUUUUAAAUAGCUAUGUUCCAGUAUAUUAUCUCUCGAGACCAAUACAAUAUGAAAUGAGAUAAUAUUAUAGAUUAUGUGUUGCUAAGUUUCAACCAUCGUUUAUUUUACAUUUUGCAGAAUUCAAUAGAUUCUAUGGUUUUUAAUAU